CUGAUACAAUAAUCACUUGUAACCUGCACGGUCUCAAACAGAGUACGGAGAAGAGCAACGGUCGGUAGUUGAGAUCUGCCUCGUCACAGAAGAACCACACUAGAACCGGACAGAGAAUACAACUCAAAACCUGUCAGACCAUUGGACAAGUGAACUCCGAAGAGCCUGAGAAAAAACGGAACCUUUGUUUCCAGAAGCAGCAGGGAGCCGAACCGGAGGAAAGAUGAUGAGUUUUCUGCCAUACUUCUCCGCUGAGACAUGGACCCUCCUGGCCCUCCUCAUCACCCUAAUAGUAGUGUACGGUUACUGGCCCUAUGGUGUUUUCACUAAGAUGGGUAUCCCUGGUCCCAAACCCCUACCUUACUUUGGCACAAUGAUGGAGUAUAAAAAGGGCAUCACAAACUUUGACACAGAGUGCUUUCAGAAGUAUGGGAGAAUCUGGGGGAUCUAUGAUGGGAGGCAGCGUUUGUGUAUCAUGGACAAAAGCAUGAUCAAGACCAUCCUGAUUAAAGAGUGUUACAACAUUUUCAUCAACCGCAGGGACUUCCAUCUGAACGGUGAGAUGUUUGAUGCGCUGUCCGUCGCCGAGGACGAUACAUGGAGACGGAUUCGCAGUGUCCUCUCACCUUCCUUUACCUCUGGACGACUAAAAGAGAUGUUUGGUAUCAUGAAGCAGCACUCUGCUAACCUGCUGAACGGAAUGAAGAAGCAGGCAGAUAAAGACCAGACUAUCGAAGUGAAGGAGUUCUUUGGGCCCUACAGUAUGGACGUGGUCACCAGCACAGCCUUCAGUGUGGACAUUGACUCUCUGAACAACCCUUCAGACCCCUUCGUCUCCAACGUGAAGAAAAUGAUCAAGUUUGACCUGUUAAACCCCCUGUUCCUCCUAGUCGCUUUGUUUCCCUUCACUGGUCCUAUCUUGGAGAAGAUGAAGUUUUCUUUCUUCCCGACUGAGGUGACAGACUUCUUUUACGCCUCGCUGGCUAAGAUCAAAUCUGGACGUGACACUGGGAACUCAACUAGUCGGGUGGAUUUCUUACAACUGAUGAUCGACGCUCAGAAAGGCAGCGACACAAAGACAGGAGAGGAUCAGACUAAAGGACUGACUGAUCAUGAGAUCUUGUCUCAGGCCAUGCUCUUCAUCUUCGCCGGCUACGAGACCAGCAGCAGUACUAUGAGUUUCCUGGCCUAUAACCUGGCAACCAACCCCCAUGUCAUGACCAAACUGCAGGAGGAGAUAGAUACUGUGUUCCCCAACAAGGCUCCAAUCCAGUACGAAGCUCUGAUGCAGAUGGACUAUUUGGACUGUGUGUUGAACGAGUCUCUGAGACUGUACCCCAUCUCCCCGCGCCUGGAGAGGGUCGCCAAGAAGACAGUGGAGAUCAACGGCAUCGUCAUCCCCAAAGACUGCGUUGUCCUGGUUCCCACGUGGACCCUCCACCGUGACCCAGAGAUCUGGUCAGACCCUGAGGAGUUCAAACCAGAGAGGUUCAGUAAGGAGAACAAGGAGUCUAUUGAUCCGAACACGUACAUGCCGUUUGGGGCGGGGCCCAGGAACUGUAUCGGGAUGCGUUUCGCCCUGAUCAUGAUCAAACUGGCCAUGGUCGAGAUCCUCCAGAGUUUCACUUUCUCCGUCUCCGACGAGACCGAGAUCCCGUUGGAGAUGGACAAGCAGCUUCUGCUGAUGCCAAAACGACCAAUCAAAAUGCGGCUGGAGCCCCGUUGCAACACCUCUAGCAACACCACCGCCACCUCUCUUUAGUGUCCAACAACGUGACCAAAUGCAGGAGUACCGUACCCUACCCUGGAAUACCAUACCAUAGAUAGAUAGAUAGAUCUAUCGAUCGAUCACGCCAUCUAUCUACCUACCUAUCACUCUUUCUAACUAUACUGAACAAAAAUCUAAACGCAACAUGGAACAAUUUAAAAGAUUUUGCUCUGCUACAGUUCACUUAAGGAAAUUAAUCAAUUUACAUAAAUUAAUUAGGCCCUAAUCUACAGAUUUCACAUGACUGGGCAGGGAAGCAGCCAUGGCUGGGCCUAGGAGGGCAUAGGUCCACCCACUUGGGAGCCAAGCCGACCCACUGGGGAGCUAGGCUCAGCCACUCAGAAUGAGUUUUUCACACAAAAGGGCUUUAUUACAGAUAGAAAUACUCCUCCGCACGCCCCCUCCCCUGCUGACGAUCCGCAGGUGAAGAAGCCGGAUGUGGAGAUCCUGGGCUGGUGUGGUUAUACGUGGUCUGCGGUUGUGAGGCCGGUUGGGACGUACUGUCAAAUUCUC